CUGCUGCCUUUGAAUUUACUAGUCAAAUUGCUAUCCAUGAAACUAUUAAUACUAUCCAAGAUACUGCUUCCGAAACUAUCAAUACUAUCCAAGUUACUACUACUUCUGAAACUAUGAAUACUAUCCAAGCUACUGCUUCCGAAACUACUAUUCAGAAUGCUGAAUCUAAAGUGGUAGAAGAAUAUAUUUUAUAA